CCACCGCUGCCGCCGCCGCCGCCGCCGCCGCCGCCGCUCGGGUGGUCCCUCCCCCUCGCCCGGUCAGCGCGGGGAGGGAGGGGCCGUGGCUAGGGCCCGACUUGGUUUCGGGUAGGUUGGGACUUGGUAACGUGAUUCGGGGGCUUCGCGUGUGUCGAUAUAAACCUUUUAGCGCCGGCUCGACGCUGUAGGCGAAACUUUGGAGACCAGGCCGACGCUGCUGUUCCUCCUCCUCCUCCUCCUUAUCCAACCUCCAUCCUCGAUCGUCGUUCUCCUCAUCUUUCUCCUCUUCCUCUUCCUUCUCCUCUUCGUUCUCCUCAUCUUCCUCCGCCGGACAGGCCUUUGGUCCCUUGCCGCUCCUGCAGGAGCAAAAGAAAGAAAUUGACCCAUAUGGAAAAGAGCUGUGUUUCCAGCUGGGGGGAGUGAGGCGUGCCUUCGCCGAUGCUUGACAGCCCCGAUGGGCUCAUGGACUUUUAGGGGACGUUAGAUUCACUGAUGGAUUUCCCCCAAAGUUUGACGGUUGCUGGACGCGGUAUCUGCGAAAAUGCCUUAUCCCAGGCAUUCCGCAGACAAGGAGAGGAAAAAAAAAGUUCGGAUGUCCAUUUUGCAGCUAAAAGAAUCUAAGGAAGAGGUGAGGUCAUUAGUCCUACAUUGAUUCGGCUGCAAGAACUGGAUAAAAAGCCUUAUCAUUCAAACACUGCCGUGUCCACUGUUAUCUGUUCAGGUGCAUGUCACCUUGAGUCUAACUUAAGAGAUUCUUCCAAGACCUUCGGUGGUGACUGAUGCCCAGAUUAGACGAACACUUCUGGAGUUGUUCUUGCACUACCAGAGGGAGGCAUAAAGGCAACCUCCGUGCUGGCACUGCUAGGGUGACUGAGAAAGUGGGAGACAUGCUAAAUCCCUCGGUCUCCAGUCCUUCACUGGUACUGGUGGGACAAGGUGCCAUCAACACUGAAACCACAGACAGAAACAGGAACACUAACACCAAAAGCAACAACAGUAGAGCCCCUGGUAAUAGUUGGCACCAUCAUUUGGUGCAGCGAAGUGUUGUGCUCUUUGCAGUCGGUGUCUUCCUAGCUCUGGUCCUCAACUUGCUUCAAAUACAGAGGAAUGUCACACUUUUCCCAGAAGAAGUUAUUGCUACAAUCUUUUCCUCUGCCUGGUGGGUUCCUCCGUGCUGUGGAACAGCAGCUGCUGUUGUUGGUUUGCUCUAUCCCUGUAUUGACAGUCACCUUGGAGAACCUCACAAGUUUAAGAGAGAGUGGGCCAGUGUAAUGCGCUGCAUAGCAGUGUUUGUUGGUAUUAACCAUGCAAGUGCUAAACUGGAUUUUGCCAAUAAUGUUCAACUGUCAUUGACUUUAGCUGCUUUGUCUUUGGGCCUUUGGUGGACUUUUGAUCGGUCAAGAAGUGGCCUUGGGCUUGGAAUUACAAUAGCAUUUCUAGCAACUCUGAUCACUCAGUUUCUUGUGUAUAAUGGUGUUUAUCAGUAUACAUCUCCUGAUUUUCUUUAUAUCCGUUCUUGGCUGCCGUGUAUUUUUUUCUCAGGUGGUGUGACAGUAGGAAACAUAGGACGACAACUGGCUAUGGGUAUUCCUGAAAAGCCACAUAGUGACUAAAGUCAAGACUCCCAGAUGCCAAUAUUGAAGCAAAGUUGGGAAGAACCUGUGAUAUGGAUUGUGACUGAAGAUUUUUUUUUUACCCUGAAGAAUCUAUUUAGAUUGGGCCAACUGCACAAAUGACCUGAGGGGGAGGACCAGAAAGGUGGGGGUGGAGUGGGGAGGAGUUAAAAAUGGUGGAUCUGUUUUAGAAUAGCCAAGUGGAAAAAAAUAACUGCUUAUCUUAAAGUCUUACCUCGAUUUACUGCAUAAGCAUUUGUACCUGGCUGUGCCCUGGAAGGAUUUAAUACUAAAUUGUGUUGGGGAACUUCAAGUAUUAGAUUUCAUUUAAGUUAUUGAAACAGUUGCCAUAUUUCAAAGCCUUGAACUAAAAUUAAAUUGUAUUUGUGCCCAAAAGAGUAGAUUGAUGGUGCUCAACAAAGGUGAGGUAUGGUGUAAUAGGAAUAAUAUUUAACCAGAAGAUUAAAAAUAGGGUUGUGUUUCCAAAAAAAAAAAAGUAAGAGGUGAUCCAUGUCAGGUUGUAGCAUUAACUUAAUGCUUCAAGAGUUGUGCCCUCAUCUUAAUGCUGCAAUAGCGCACAUACACACCCAUACACUCAAGUAUAUCAGCAGUAUAUCAACUAUACUUUUUAUCUUGACAGUGAAGUUUUAUGUAGACAAUCUUAUUGGAAGCAAAUGGCAAUGAAAAGUCAGUUCUUCAGUGUGGUAUGUGGCUGACAUUUUCACCUCUUGAUUAUUAAAUUCUCUCGAGAUCUGUAGACAUUUAACAGUAACUAUGGAUCUCUGCCAUUUGCUUCAUUCUAAAUGAGCCGAAAUUAUUUCUGUAUUUCUCUGUUACUAUAGAAUAGAGAUUGCAACUUUUUUCACAGCCCUAUAGGAUUUGCAAUCUGUGAUUGCCUUGUAAAAAGAAGAAUGCAUAUGUCACUGCAUUAAACAUUUGGUGUUUCUAAAUAUCAAUUAUAUUGGUGAGCACAAUGUAUUCAGUUAAUGGCAUAGACCACAUGAGACCUAAUUUGCAACUAUUGGGUCUUAAAACUAAGUGCAAUGUAUAUUAAAACCAAUCUGAGCCUUGUAUUCUCUUCAAUAUUUAUUUUUUUUUUUCAUAUGCGAUGUUAAGGGUUCAGCAUUCAUUUCAGUACUGCAUGGAGGCAAAUUUCAGCAAUAAUUUCUUUCAUGAGAAAAGAUAUUUUAUUGUUGUGCCUUCCAUUUGAACCCUAAUCCUUUGAGAAACUCCAGUUUUGUGGUUAUGGUAUAGUUGUAAUUUUUACUUAAGAUGAAUUGAUUUUUUUUUUUUUUGUAUUAUGCAUUGUAAAUGUUUUUGGUUUGUUUGAAAUCUUGUUAAGAUGAUUUUCAUAUUUGAUUGGCUGUCCUUUUAAAUUGAUGUUACCAGUCAACAGAAUGGAAUCUUGGGCUAUUAGUCUAAGAAUACGUAUUUUUUGUGUGUAUAUUUAUGUGGUGGUCCUCCUUUUUUUCUCUCUCUCUUUUUUGAGGAAAAUAUAAAUGCUCUUGGUGCAAAACUCUAGAAAGCUGUAACUGAUUACUUUAGAGGAAAGUUGCAAAAGUGGGGCGAUUCUCAACUUGUUAAAAGAUCCCUUAUGAAUAUUCUAAAAUUGAAAAUAGUGAUGUGAAAAUGUUUUGUUUUCAAAAUAGAUAACUCCUUUCAAAACCAGAAGUAAUUAGCAACAUGCAGUAAUUGAAUAUACAAAUUUAAACUUGAUCAUGCAUAAGCAGUAAGUGUUUAUUUUUCUCAGUCAAACUAGAAAUUAUUCUAUACCUAUUAGAUUUAAUACAGCCAAAAUGUGAAUCUGAAGUUCAGUUUUUGCCAAUAUUUGUAGCAAGUAAACAAACCAAAGUGAUCUGAGUUUGUAAAAAUUUAUGAACAAAAUUUGCACUAUUCUGAAUUUGAACAUUUAGGAAGAUUCACAUUGAUACAGAAGUUUUCCAACAAUGUGGUGUUUUUUUGCAUUUUUUUUUACUAUUAUUUCAAGAACUUAUUAAAAGAUUCAAGACCAA